AUGGCAAACCAUCGCCAAGGCUUCCUCGACAUCGGCCCGCCGCGGCGUUCGAACCGUCGUUGGGUCUAUGUGGGCGUGGCCUUUUUUGCAACGUUGAUCUUGUAUUUGGCCUUCCAGCCGGCUGCCACCAACGAAUAUGUCAAGUCGGCGUACGACAGCGUCAAGCACAAGGUCACCGGCCACGGCAACGGCGGCAGCAGCAGCAGCUCCGACGCGUCCAGGCCGAGCCGGCAUCCCAUCGACGACGGCUCGGACACCAUCCCCAACAUUGCGCACUUUGUCUACGGCCUCAAGGACCCCAAGGGGGAUCUGCACUUUAGCUUCGACCACUACCUGAGCGCAUACUCGGCUUGGUACCACUGCAGGGCGCACACGCUGUACCUGCACACCAACGCAGGCGAGGAGGCGCUGAUGCGUGCAAGGUCUGGGGCGACCGGCAGGUGGACCAAGGCCAUUUUUGACAUUCCCGGCUUCGAGGUCAAGUACCUGGACGCGCCGACGCAUGCCGGCAACGGGCGGGAGAUUCAGUACGCGGAGCAUGUGUCUGAUUUCAUGAGGAUUGCGGGCAUGCUUGACAUUGGAGGCUACUAUAUCGACUGGGAUGUUUUCGUACUCCGGGACCUCGCUCCCCUCCGAAAAGCCGGGUUCCGCGGCAUCGCAGGCCGUCAGAUGGGACCAUAUUACAACUCUGGCACCUUCAUGGCGGCACCCAACAGCCUCUUUGUCAAAACCUGGAAGAAGAUGAUGCACGAGACGUUUGACGGAUCCUGGGAGCGACACUCAAACGUUGCCUUGCGCGACGUGGCCAAGGCGCUCGUGCGCAUACCGGGCGAGAUGCUGGUGUUGGACUCGGACGCCUUUGCGCCGCUCGGCUGGUCCGGCGACCAGGGCAUCCAGUUCUUCAUGCCGCACAACGACAGCCGGCCGCUGCUGGAGACGCUGGGGUGGCAGCCCGAGAUGGAGCACGACGGACCUGGAAGCCCCGCCCUGGGCCUGCCCGAGUUUGUCGAGGGCGACGAGGCCGACAAGCCCGCCUGGGCCGUGGACUGGUCGCCCAGCUACCUGGUGCAUGCAUUCAUGAUGAGGAGGAUGGGCGGCUGGCAGGUCGAUGGAUUCGAUCGAGUGACUCCAAAGUACGUCCUCGACCGGCAGAGCAAUUUGGCCAGGGCGGUUUAUCCCAUCGUCAGGGAUAUGUACUAUCGCGGGCUGGUCAAGAUUACCGACGGGUAUGAUUAAGA